AUGAAAUUGAAAUUGCUGGUAUAUUACAUGUGCAAUACGGGGAUCUGCAGUGUUACAUUGUAUCUAUCAUACUAUAUCAAAAUGGCCACAGUGGUACAGAACCCCCUGAAAUCGCAAUCUGGAGGAACAGUCAUUAAGAACAGUCUGGGCGAGGAGUUCUACAGAGAGGCCAUCGAGCACUGCCGCAGCUACAAUGCCCGCCUGUGUGCUGAGCGCUCCAUGCGCCUGCCCUUCCUGGACUCCCAGACCGGCGUGGCACAGAGCAACUGCUACAUCUGGAUGGAGAAGAACCACGCCGGCCCAGGUUUAGCCCCAGGACAGUUGUAUACUUACCCUGCCCGCUGCUGGCGCAAGAAGAGACGGCUCAACAUUCUGGAGGACCCGCGCCUCGGACCCAUCGACUUUAAGAUCGACUACGAGGCGUCUCUGAAGAAGGAGGGGGGCUUGCCGGAGGGGCCGGUGUUGGAAUCACUGCUCAGUGGAGAGACUCUGGACAAGAAGGUGGAGACCAAGGAAGAGGAACCUAUGAGCGAGUGCCAGAAGCUGCUGGUCGGUGAUUUCCCCCAUGAACUGGAAGCGGAGGAGAUGGAAGAGGACGUCCCCAAACGCAAGAACCGCAAGAACCGCGAAGGACGGGCCUGUGGUGUAGGGGGUAUGAGGAAGAGACAAGACCCCAGCACCAUUGAGGACAGGGACAAGCCGUACGUCUGUGACAUCUGUGGGAAGCGCUAUAAAAACCGCCCGGGCCUGAGCUACCACUACACUCACACACAUCUAGCGGACGAGGAGGGAGAGGAGGACUCUGAGCGACACACCCUGCCCUUCCAGCGCAAGAACAACCACAAGCCUAAGAAAGCUGCAGACGGGUCGGUCAUCCCUAACGGCUACUGUGACUUCUGCCUGGGCGGCUCCAAGAAGACUGGCUGUCCCGAGGACCUCAUCUCCUGUGCCGACUGUGGACGCUCAGGUCACCCGUCCUGCUUGCAGUUCACAGUCAACAUGACGGCAGCAGUACGGACCUACCGCUGGCAGUGUAUCGAGUGCAAGUCCUGCAGCUUGUGUGGCACCUCCGAGAAUGACGAUCAGUUACUAUUCUGUGAUGACUGUGACAGAGGCUACCAUAUGUACUGCCUGAGCCCCCCUAUGGCGGAGCCCCCAGAGGGGAGCUGGAGUUGCCAUCUGUGUCUGCGACAGCUGAAAGAGAAGGCCUCGGCCUACAUCACCCUGACCUAAUCUACCACAUUACCCACCACCCCCCCUAAACAUAACAACUGGACCAACUCUGAGAAGACACCCCCAACGCCCUGCAGUUUUUCCUCCUCUAUGAAACGACAUCUCCAGUCAUCAGGUCUCCCAGCCCCAGCUGUUUUAACGUCAAUGGAAGUACCUACAUCCCAGGGUGCACCAUGCUCCAUCCAGGUCUCCCCAGUCUGCCCCUGCUGAGGCCCAGCCACCUGCCCCUGGAGUCCCCUCCACCUCUGGCACCUCUGGCCCAGGAGGAACCACCUUCUAUCCCAGCAGCCUCAGCGGGGAGCAUCUGAUCAUCAAUAGCCUAACUGGGCUGCCCCCCGGGGCUUGCUUGCCCUCCACCGUCUGCCUCCAAAGAGCUGUUUAUCAGUAGCCCACAAGGGCACUCAAGAGGCACGCUCUCCCCUGUGAAGGGUCCGUAGAGGAGCCCUAACGAGCAUCAGCUGCCACUGUGGCCCUAUACUCCUAUACACUGGGCUGUGGCCCUGGCAGCAGAGUACACAGAGAGAGGGAGAAGCAGGCCGUAGUGACGACCAGACUCCUCGUUAGGUUUAAAGCAGCUGCAGCCCCGCCCCCUUCCUCCCACAUGGAGCCGCCACUCAAACCCUUUGAAAGUGAAGUACUCUGGGAUUGAUACCAUCGCGCAGAGCUAUUGUGGCUUUAUGACAUUUACAGAGGAGAGGGAGUGGAGAGGUUGUCACUCUGCCAUCAGCCACUUACAUCAAAUUGUGUUUCCCAAAAAAUAUUGAAUUAGAGCAAACGUUUCCCUCAACUAUGAACUUCUGGUUACCUUCAUUUCCUUCAAAACAACAACUGAAAAAGACAACAUGAGACUGCUAUGACUUUGGCGGAGCUUGGUGUAUUUUGUCUGUGUGUUUAGCAAGAAUGUAGGUAUGUUUUAAGUGUGGACAAUGCAGGUUUUAUUGUCUGGCCUUGUCAAAAAUACAAGGCCCAAAUGUUUUUUUAAACAUUUUAUUUGGUACUUUAUUUGCAUGGUGUUAACAUUAUAGUUUUUAAAGAUAUUUUAAGGAUAAAAUGUAUUUAAGAAAGCACACUUAAUUCGCAAUAAUGUGUUUGUGACCCAUUUGGGUAAAGUUGUGUGUGUGUGUGUGUGUGUGUGUGUGUGUCCAUCUGUAUAUGUGCGUGUGUAUGCGUGUGUGAGUGAGGGCAAAUGUGCCCUCCUAAAACUGCGUGGAAAUGAGAGCCAACCGUAGCCAACCAGGUGCUAGGCAGGACCUAUGGCAGGGUCGGGGAGCAGGAAGAGGAGGGGCUUCUGAUGAUUCUGAUUCCUAGAAACACCACCAUGACUUACUGUAUUACAUUUUCUGUUGGACCAAACGAAUUCAAGCCAGCUUGCGCCGUUUCUCUCUUCCGAGCCCUGUUUUUCUCAAAGGAUAACAAAUUUUUGUGAAAAGUCAUCAAAAGUAAUAGAAUGAGCUCUUUACUAUCUGCAAGACUGCUUUGUGUGCUAGGGACUUGUAAUAUAAUGUGCUUUCAAAGAGUAAGCUAAAAGCAAGGACUUCUACUAACUGGGACGCCAGCAUGUGAGUUUGUGCGCUUGCACUGAGACGAGUCUUUUUUCAACCCAAAGUCCCCUCCCCCAGUGGCCUAUCUGACUGGACUAUUGUAUGAGGCUGCAACUUUGAUUGGUCCAAUGAUCCCUCCUACUCUUCCUAGAGCUUUAAGUUGGGAGACAUUUUGCUGUAAAUAGAUUGUCACUCUCUCUGUUUAUCAAAAACACAAAUUGCCAUUUCAUAAUUCACCGUCUCAGUGCAUAUCGAAAUAUGAACUCAAAAAUACAAUUUAUGUCUAUUUAAAUGCACUUAAAAGUGGUUGUCCUAUUUGCCUCCAUAUUUGUAAUGUCUCUACUCCUAAAAUGUAUGUGUUUAUAUUCUACUAUGGUAUGAUCCACACAGCCAUGUUGGGGAAAAUGUUACUACCUGUGCUACCCAAAAUGUAUGUACCAUCAUUUAGACAUGUGUGAUACCAGAAAUUCUCUCGAUUUCAUAUUUUGAUAUCUACUUUAUUUAUUUUUCUCGAAUAACUAGGGAUGUUUUCACCUCUUCUCUCUCAGUAUUGUUCUCUUAUUUGUUUAUGUCUGUGUUUUUCUACUUCAAACAUUUUGCACAGUGUGUUUGUUUGUUUGGCAUGUGUGUGUAUGUGUGUGUGGCUAUGUGUGUGAGAGAGAGGGAGAGACACUGUC